CUCAAAUGGCUCCUGCAAAGAAAGGUGGUGAGAAGAAGAAGGGACGCUCUGCCAUCAAUGAGGUGGUAACUAGGGAAUAUACCAUCAACAUUCACAAGCGGAUCCAUGGCGUGGGCUUCAAGAAACGAGCACCGCGUGCUCUCAAGGAAAUCCGUAAAUUUGCGAUGAAGGAAAUGGGUACUCCUGAUGUUCGCAUUGACACUAGAUUGAACAAAGCAGUCUGGGCUAAAGGAAUAAGGAAUGUUCCUUACCGUAUCCGUGUGCGUUUGUCCAGAAAGCGCAAUGAGGAUGAAGAUUCACCAAACAAACUAUACACACUGGUUACCUAUGUACCGGUCACAACAUUCAAAGGUCUACAGACAGUCAAUGUGGAUGAAAAUUAAACUGAUUUUCAUUGCAAUAAAAGGAUAAAAAGAAAGUUUACUCCUAAGUUGUUUUUUUUUAUUGUCCAGUCUCUUCAAGCUCUCAUCCGUGAAGUGUUGAGUUGAACAGGUGACUAACUCUUAAAUUAUCUUGCUUUCUUUGGGCUUGUACAUAAUGGUG